AUGCCCCCCAGGCGACGAGCCGCUGCAAAGCCUCCAGCUGAUCCGCCUUUGGACGGCUGCGCAAUUGCAUUGAGCGGCAAGUUUGACGACAUUGACCACAACCACUCCUCUCUGGAGACUGUCAUCCGUAAGCAUGGCGGAACUGUCACCAGAAGCGUCACCAAGGCCACAACCCAUGUUGUUUGCACAGAGUACGACUUCAAUGCUGGAACAACCAAGAUCGCAGCUGCCAAGGCCAAGGAUCUUCCUUGUGUCAACCCCUCUUGGAUCGUCGAUACCGACGACAAAGGCACCAAGCUAAAUGCGGACGACUACACUUGGUCCGCUGCCCCAAAGACUAACGGCACCAAGACUGCCACCAAGGCUGCUCCCAAGGCUGCCACCAACGGGACCAAGUCUCGAAAGAGAGCCUCCAAGGCUGAUGAUGAGGAAGAGGAAGAAGAGGAGGAGGAGGAGCAGCCUCGAGCCAAGCGAUCCAGAAGUGCCACUGCUGAUUCCAAGACGACCAAAGCUGCCAAGGCUACUGCUGCCAAGGCUACUAAGGCUACCAAGGCAAAGACCGCCAAGGCCUCCAAAUCAAAGGCUGCAGUCAAGGACGAGUCUGAGGAGGAGGAGGAGGAAGAUGUCAAGAUGGAUGAGAAGACCAAGGAAGACAAGGUUGUCGCUGAGGGUCAGUUCAUCAAGAAGAAGGACGUCAAAAUCCCUCUUGAUGAGUUCUGCACUCUUCCCACGUACGAGGUCUACGUCGACCCUGACUCAGGCAUGAUCUACGACGCCUCCCUGAACCAGUCCAACUCGUCCAACAACAACAAUAAGUUUUAUCGCAUUCAGAUCUUGAAGGAUCCCAAGGGUUCAACCUUCAAGACUUGGACUCGAUGGGGUCGUGUCGGUGAAGGUGGCCAGAAAGCCGUUUUGGGAAAUGGCGCUCUCGCCGAUGCUAUCAAGCAGUUUGAGAAGAAGUUCAAGGACAAGUCAGGUCUCUCGUGGGAGAACAGAGGCGAUAACCCCAAGCCUGGCAAAUACGCUUUCAUUGAGCGCAGCUACGACCCUGACUCUGACGACGACGAAGAUGAGGAGGAUGCCAAGGCAGUCAAGAAGGAGGGUGACGAAGAUGAAACACCCGCCCCUGAGUGCACGCUGGAAAAGCCCGUCAAGGAGCUCAUGGAGCUCAUUUUCAACCAGCAAUACUUCCAGGCGACCAUGACAUCGCUCAACUACGACGCCAAGAAACUUCCUUUGGGCAAGCUGAGCAAGGCAACCAUUACUCGUGGUUUCCAGCAGCUCAAGGAUCUCGCGGCUCUCCUGGAUGAUCCUACUCUCGCUGCCAGCAAGUGGGAAAUGAGCAUGUCAGAGGCAACUGAGCAUCUCUCCAACACCUUCUACACCGUGAUCCCACACGCCUUUGGCCGUAACCGACCGCCUAUCAUCCGAGACAACUCGAUGCUCAAGAAAGAAAUAGAACUUCUGGAGAGCUUGUCUGACAUGAAGGAUGCCGCCGACAUCAUGAAGAUUGAUCGCAAGACCUUGGAUACUGUCCAUCCUCUUGACCGUCAAUUCCAGGGCCUUGGCCUCGAGGAGAUGACACCCUUGGACCGCAAGAGCAACGAGUUUGUCCACCUCGAAAACUACCUCAACGAAUCUCGUGGCGCCACCCAUCACAUGAGCUACGAAGUCCAGGAUAUUUUCCGUAUUGAGCGCCAGGGCGAGACUCAACGCUUUGACAACUCAGAGUAUGCCACGAUCAAGUCUGACCGUCGUCUCCUCUGGCACGGCUCGCGAUGUACCAACUUUGGCGGUAUCCUUAGUCAGGGUCUGCGAAUUGCGCCUCCCGAAGCCCCUGUGUCUGGUUACAUGUUUGGCAAGGGCAUUUACCUAGCCGAUAUGUCGUCCAAGUCGGCCGGCUACUGCUGCUCGUACAUCUCCAACGGUCAUGCUCUUCUGCUCCUGUGUGAGGCUGAGCUGGGUGAUCCCCUUCAGAAGCUGACACAAGCCGACUAUGACGCCGGUGACAAUGCCAAGGCCAAGGGCAUGCACAGUACAUGGGGACAGGGUAACACAGGUCCAAGCAAGUGGGUGGACGCUGGUUUUGUUCAUGAGAGCCUCAAGGGCAUCAAGAUGCCCGAUACCAAGGUCAAGCCAGGCCCGACUAAUGUUAAGAACGCCUCUCUGUAUUACAACGAGUACAUCUGCUACGACAUCGCUCAAGUCAAGCUGCGCUAUCUCCUUCGCGUCAAGAUCUAG